AUGGCAGCUUACGACGAGUAUAUAGACGAGGCUUCGGGCAGGAAGAAGGGCGACAACCGCCAUGACACCAUGCUAACCUUGGAUCAAGAACGUGUACAGAGACUUGACCCCAUUGUUUACAGUGAACCUUGCAGUGGAACUAUUAACGAUUCACGUCGCACCACCUUAUUUAAGGACUAUGACAAGGUGCAACACUACUUAGAUGACUUUUUCGGAAGCAUUGCAGAUAUUAACGCGCUCCCCAAGGACGCAGAUCCGGUGUUCAUAACCGGUGCUUCGUCCAAUCACGUUCGAGAGUCCAUUGUUAUGUUUAACAACUUCAACUCUGUGGUGCGGAAGAUAAAACCAAAUGUGCGGAUGAUUUUCUAUGACUUGGGUCUGCAGGCCGGCGAACUAGACCAAAUAAAAGCGAUAUGUCAGUGCGAAUACAGACUGUUUCCGUUUGAAAAGUUCCCGGCCUAUGUAAAGGAGCUGAAAGGGUAUGCGUGGAAACCGUUGUCGAUAAUGGGCUCGCCGUUUGGACGUUAUCUGCACACCCGGAGGCGGAUCCGUAGCUCUUCGGACACUUCCGGUGACGUUCGGAUUUUCCGAGAGAAAGCAUGCACCUUCCGGAACCUUUCCGAAAUACAGGCGGGAUUUUUUAUUGCGCGGACAACGCCGUUUGUUGUCCAGAAUAUACUCAAGCCCUGGAUUGCCUGCGCCCUUGUGAUUGACUGCAUUGUACCACACGAAGGGUGGCAGAAGUAUUAUCGUUGUGGCCUUCACGGUAACGUGUAUGGGGAUUGUCACAGAUAUGAACAGUCCGUAUUGGCUAUCUUGCUAUAUCGCGCAUACGGCUAUGACAUAUAUAAACGAAUGGAAAGAUACGAAGGUGACUAUGUAUAUUUACCUUGGCCGGCUUGGCCUUAGAUACAUUUGGAUUAAAAGUAUGUAGCUUUGUUUUAUUCACAGAUAUGCAGACGGAUCGUUUUAAAAGAGUGUCUAACAAAAAACACACUAUACUGUAGAAUUUCUUGGGAAAUGCACAAAACCCUUGUCAUCUAGAUUUGUGCAGUGUAGUAUUGUAAUACAUCAGGCUUGUGUCUGGUUACUAUGCAAAUAGUCCUUCUAUCCCGACUAUAAUAUACAUGUUAAAAUGUCUAAUUUAUAAAUUCAGAUACACAAUAAAUUGAGAUUGUUACACUCGACAAUUUCACGAAAUUUGACAAUCGGAACAGGCAAAAACAACAAAAACCCUGAAUAACAAAGAACAUCUUCAAGCAUGUAAUAGAUAUACUAGUAAUACUGUGAUACCAACUGUGUUGGAAAACAAUAUGGACUGUCAAUAUUACUCGAUUACCGGAAGCAACUCAGGAAGGUACAUACUGUUGAAACAGUCUUAAAUGGAUUUUUGUCCACAGAUUGAUGAAAGGAAAAGUUUUAACUUGUUGAACUUUUUACAAGGACGCAGUAUAAAAGUGAGCAAACACAAUCGAAUAACAAAUAUACAUUCUGAAAUACAUCGUCUUUUAGGAAUCAUCGGUUUGUUUCGCUAAAUUGUGUAACAUCACGUGGACUCGUCAUACAAAGGGAAUCCCGCCUGGGCAUGAACAUCAGUUAACGCGUAUUAUGCAGUAUACGUAUGUAAUUGGAUAUCAAAACACAAAGAGAAUAAUUUCUUUUACAACGAUAAUUAUGCUAAUUUUUUUUUGUUUGUUUUAUAAAUAAUAUGUAUUGACAUAAAAUGUGUUCCUAGAUGUAAUGUUAUUGUGUAACAUGAAAACAAAAGAGAUGAUACAAUUAUGUUAAUAACAAAUGUUGAUGUGUUCAACGAUGACCAAACACAAGGUUUCAAACACAUUAAUUAGUAAACGAUUAAUAUAAAUUAUCUAUGUAAUAAGACAAGACAAGACUA